UCCAACGUCAAGUCUUCAAUGUUUAUGUGAUUUUGAAACGUAAACAAAUAUGAAUUUUUUUGGUUCAUCUACUGAAUUCAGAUAAUGAAAUAAUGUUCAAGAUUUGAAAACUCUUAAGAGAUCAUACACACAUUUAUUAACUGUUAUUAUUACAUUUUAAAAUGUAUUCAAAAAUCUUCCAAAAAAUUAAAACUGUACUAGAAUCAGGGAGUGUGGGGAACGCGUCGUCAUCUGAUGAAGAGUUGGAGCAGUGGGAGCAAAUAUUCAUGAUGAGAGAUGAAAAUGGAAAUAGUUAUCAUGACAAGAGAAAGAAACGCAGCAUAUGGUGUAGGCCAUCCUGCAUUCCUGUAUCAAUAGUGAUACUAUUGAUUGUGCUUGUGGUUUUGGUGCCCCUGUUAGAUCAACCAAAUAUUGCACAUGUGUUGCCAAGUGCGGCAAGAGAUUUGCAUUGCUCAGAUGAGUGUAGGUUAUCAUUAGUAGAAAGUAUACCAGAGGGCCACAUGUACCCGCCUAACUCUACACAUGCAAAGACGAAAAAUGUGUGGCUCGACUUGAUAGAUGAAGCUCAAAACUCUAUAGAGAUAGCGUCCUUAUAUUGGACACUUAGGUUUAAUGAAGAUUAUCCAUAUAAUUCCUCUAUUGAGGGUGAACAAGUAUUCCAAGCAUUGCUUGCAGCUGGAUUGAAAAGGAAUGUUAAACUAAAAAUUGCUCAAAACUGGCCUUCUAAGACUCAUCCUAAUGUAGACACUGAUUAUUUAGUUAAGAAAAAAGCAGCACAAGUGAGAAGUUUGAAUUUCUCCAAAUUGCUGGGCGGUGGCGUACUACACACGAAGUUUUGGAUAAUAGACAGAUCGCAUUUCUACAUCGGCAGCGCUAACAUGGACUGGAGAUCGUUAACACAAGUAAAAGAAUUGGGCAUCGUAGCGUACAACUGCUCCUGUCUUGGGACUGACCUUGGCAAAAUAUUCGACGUAUAUUGGAGCCUGGGCACAUCAGAUGCUGUCGUGCCGGACUCUUGGCCAAAGGAGUUAAACACAGAGAUUAAUAUGGAACAUCCCAUUAACAUAUCUGACGGUCUCGGUCGCUACGGAGCUUUUAUAACGAGUUCCCCCCCGAAACUAAGUCCCGUGGGUCGCACGAACGACGAUGACGCUAUCGUAAAUAUAAUCCAUUCAGCUGAAGAGUUUGUGUAUAUAUCCGUUAUGGAUUACGCUCCUGCGUGCGAGUUUACGCCAACACCUAGGUACUGGCCGAAGAUAGACGACGCGAUCCGCGCGGCGGCGGUGGAGCGGCGCGUGCGCGUGCGCAUGCUGGUGAGCUGGUGGCGGCACUCGUCCGCCGCGGAGGAGCACUACCUGCGCUCGCUCGCCGCGCUGCACGCCGCGCUGCCCCGUCUCGACAUACAAGUGCGUCGCUUCAUAGUCCCAUCCACGCCGGAUCAAGACAAAAUACCGUUCGCCCGGGUGAAUCACAACAAAUACAUGGUGACCGACAAAACUGCGUACAUUGGAACGUCCAAUUGGUCCGGGGACUAUUUCAUAGAUACAGCGGGAGUAGCGUUUGUAUACCAGCCGGAAAUGGACGACGUUCGAGAUGUUUCUAGAAACUUCUCGAAGAACAUUCGGCAAGAUUUGCAAGAAGUGUUCGAGAGGGACUGGUCGUCGCCGUACGCAGUCCCGCUGCGUUUAUAGCGUUUGGAAAUAUGAUAUGUUUUAACAAAACCUGCCAACAUGUAUUCCGAUUUUAACCAUUUUAAUUAGUGAUUUAUUGUUUGGAUUUUUGGUAAUUUCUUUGGCAAGUUUUUAAUGCUUUGUAAUUUGUAAAUGAUGUGUGUACUUUACAAUACUAGAUCAUUUUGUUCGUAUAAAUAAUCUAAUAUAGUUUUUUAUUUUGUGUGGAAUAAAAAAUGACGUCUGCGAAAUUUAUGUCGGUCAAUGAGAAAAGUUUUAUUUACACUUUUGUUUUAUGUAUUAAUUGAUUGAUACAAUCUUAUUUAGAUGAAUGUGUUUUUUUUUAUUUAGGUAUAUAGUAUAGGCAAUA